AUGGCUGCACCUAAGCCAGCUGAAACUGGUAUUCAACGUAGAUCGCGUUUUGAUCAACCGCCACCAGAGCUCACAGACCCCACAGGAUAUGUUCCCAAACCCGUUCCUCCGGCAUCUGUCGGUUUUGUUGGCAACGUUCCAGCAUUAGGUGCUUCUAUCAUGGACACGGACCUUCGCUCAGCUCCUCAUGCAACGUUGGCAUUUUCAAUCAAAAAAGCCCAGACCGCUCCAACGCUAAAUCCUCCAGCCCCCUUGGUUUUCGGCGAUGACGAAGAUGAUGACAUUGUUAUAACUGAAGAUCAACAGGGCAAACAAAAAAGGUUAGACAAGUUUUAG